UCCACGGCGGCUGGGAGGGGCGGGGCGCUACGGGCGCCGCAGGGGGCGUUGCGGGGCCGCGUUUUCUGGGGCGGGACUUCCUGCGUCGCCCGCGAGGCUGUCCGCUGUUGACGGCGAGGUGUUGUCUGUCUCUGGUGACCGCGAUCGGCGAGGACAGCAAGGCAGGCCCACGUACGCCUCGGUGCGACCUGGCGGAGGGUGGGCUACGCCGCCUGUGCCGGCCGCUGGCCGGCGUCGUCGCGUGCUCCUGCGCUCCCCGCGGGGCGAUGGCGGCGCUCUUGACCGCGGGGCAGGUGGUGGUGACCCUCAAGGAUGUGGCCGUGACCUUUACCCGGGAGGAGUGGGGACAACUUGACCUGGACCAGAGGACCCUGUUCCGGGAGGUGAUGCUGGAGACCUGCGGGCUCCUGGUCUCCCUGGGGCAUCCAGUUCCCAAACCAGAGUUGAUCCACCUGCUGGAGCAUGGGCAGAAGCUAUGGACAGGAACCAGAGGCCUCUCCCACAGCACCAGCCCAGGUGACAGACCAAAAUGUCAGACCAGAGAGUCAAGCAAUUCUCAACCAGUUUUAUCUGAGGAAGCCUUGCUCCAGGGAAGCCUGACUCUGGGAUCUUCCUGGGACUCCAGGCUGGGGCGAGCCGGGGCUGUACAAGGGCUCUUGGAAAUGUGGAGCGUUCCAGAGAAGCCAGAGGUGGACGCUGGAAAGGAGGCCCAUCCGGGGAAGAUGAGCCUUGAGGAUGACGGUUUAGGGGCAGGUAAUGGUCUGCACUCGGGAGCGUUCCAGAAGAGAGUCUCUCAGGAGGAUGUUCUCCACGAACGUGACGCACAGCGACCUGGAAAAGGCUCCCCCAUUCAUCGCCUCUACAAGUGCAAGCAGUGCGGGAAGGCUUUCAACAGGAAAUGGUACCUCGUGCGCCACCAGCGGAUUCACACCGGCAUGAAGCCCUACGAGUGCAACGCGUGUGGGAAAGCCUUUAGCCAGAGCUCCACGCUGAUCCGCCACUACCUCAUCCACACCGGGGAGAAGCCGUACAAGUGCGCUGAGUGCGGCAAGGCCUUCAAGCGCAGGUCCUACCUCCUGCAGCACCAGCCGGUGCACACCGGGGAGAAGCCCUACGAGUGCAGCCAGUGUCGCAAGGCCUUCACCCACCGCUCCACCUUCAUCCGCCACCAUCGGACCCACUCGGGCGAAAAACCCUUCGAAUGCAAAGAGUGUGAGAAGUCGUUCAGCAACCGAGCGCACCUCAUCCAGCACUACGUCAUCCACACCGGGGAGAAGCCCUACGAGUGCGCGGAGUGUGCCAAGGCCUUCCGCUGCAGCUCGGAGCUGCUGCAGCACCAGCGGGUCCACACCGGCGAGAAGCCUUACACCUGCACCCAGUGCGGGAAGGCCUUCCACCGGAGCACCUACCUCCUGCAGCACUCGGUCAUCCACACCGCGGAGACGCCGUUCAAGUGCUCCCAGUGCGGCAAGGCCUUCAAGCGCAGGUCACACCUCCUGCAGCACCAGCGGGUUCACACUUGAGAAGGCGGCCUUUACCCGCUGCUCGCCCUUGGUCUUUAAGGAGGAGAUCCAGGCUGGAGGGGAAAAGUUCUUCCCAGCAAAGAACACUGGAGAAGGCUUUUUUGGUCCCCUCUUCAAACCCACAGGCGGUCACAUGGGAGAGACGCCUGGGAAUGCAGUAAAUAUCCGGAGCCUUCAGCUCCCCAUCAUGGGAGGAUUCAGGCUGUAGAGAAACUCAGCCAGAAGGCUUGUCACCCGUGGGUCCACCUCUGUCAACUUCAGAGCACACACUGGGAAGAGACAGCCUGCAGAUAACCUGAGCUAAAAGAGAAAGGUCUUCCUGCCACCUGAGAUGGUGUAGUGAAGAGGAACCACCUAAUUGUCGCCUUGAGAAAAGUUCUGUGGCAGGUCAUCCACCACUUGUGACACUGGAGCCACAUCAGAACCUCAUGGAGCUCGGGCUUUUCCUGUGAGGAAGCACAGAGGGGACAAACUCAGGGGCGUUUGCACUUACAGCAACCUCCGGCCCUGGGGUUCCCUUGGGUUUGCACUUAAGAGGCCAUCUCAGCAUUAUGUUGAAAAGGAAAAUAACAAGGGAACUCCCAUAUGGUCCAGGGUUAGGAUUCUGUGCUCUCACUGCUCAGGGCCUGGAUUCAGUCCCUGGUCAGGGAACUAAGAUCCUGCAAGCCCCACAGUGUGGCCAAAAAGAAAAAUGGCAAGGAGGUGGAGGGGAUGCAGAGGAAGAUUAUAAACAUGAAAAGUGAAAGUGUUCAUCACUUAGUCAUGUCAGACUCUUUGUGACCUCCUGGGCCUUAGCCCGCCAGGCUUCCCUGUCCAUAGAAUUCUCCAGACAAGAAUACUGGCGUAGAUAGCCAUGCCCUUCUCCAGGGGAUCUUCCUGACCCAGGGCUUGAACCCAGAUCUCCUGCAUUGCAGGCAGAUUCUUUCCCGUCUGAGCCACUAGGGAAGCACAAACAAACAACGGAAGUGCUUUUGCAAGCUCUUCUGGACUUUCCUGCCAAGGCUGCUGCUGUUUUUGAUCAGUUCUAUUUUUGAGGGGCAGUAUUUGAGAGAGGAAAAGGGUGCAGCCCUUUAUUUUUAUAUGUUCACUGCUGUCCCCAGCCAUUAGGCGCUUAAUUAUUUGUGAGAAAUAUGAAGGCUUGAGUCAUGAGUAACUUGAAGUACUAAGAAAUUGGAAUACUAAAAAUAUCAUUCAGGUCAGUUCAAUCUCUCAGUCGUGUCUGACUCUUUGCGACCCCAUGAAUUGCAGCACGUCAGACCUCCC